AUGACAUCUAUCUAUCUAUCUAUCUAUCUAUCUAUCUAUCUAUCUAUCCCAGCAAUGUUCAUAUCUAUCUAUCUAUCUAUCUAUCUAUCUAUCUAUCUAUCUAUCUAUCUAUCCCAGCAAUCUUCAUAUCUAUCUAUCUAUCUAUCUAUCUAUCUAUCUAUCUAUCUAUCUAUCUAUCUAUCUAAUCUCAUGACAUUUCUUUUAACUAUUUCUUUUUUUCUUUCUCUCUCUGGCCCAGAUUAUAUUUUCUUUCUUUCUUUCUUUCUUUCUUUUUCUUUCUUUCUUUCUUUCUUUCUUUUCUUCGUUCUCAUUAUUUCUAUCUUUUCUUGGAUUUUUCUUUCUUUCUUUCAUUUCUUUCUUUCUUUCUUUAUUUCAUUUCUUGCUUUCUUUUUUUUUUUUUUUCUUUCUUUUAUUUCUUCCUUCUUUUUUCUUUCUUUUCUUUCUUUUCUUUCUUCAAUCAUUCAUUUAUUCAUUCUUUUCUUUUCAUUUCUUUUCUUUCUUUUUUCUUUCUUUCUUUCUUUCUUCCUUCUUUUUCUUUUUUUUUUUCUUUUCUUCAAUCAUUCAUUUAUUCAUUCUUUCUUUCAUUUCUUUCUUUUCUUUUAUUUUUUUCAUUUCUUUUUCUUUUCUUUUUUUUUCUUUCUUUCUUUCUUUUCUUUUUUUUUUUUUUCUUUCUUUUUCAAUCAUUUUUUUUCAUUCUUUCUUUCUUUUUUCUUUCUUUCUUCAAUCAUUCAUUUAUUCAUUCUUUUUUCAUUUUUUUUUUCUUUCUUUUUUCUUUCUUUUUUUUUUCUUUUUCUUUAUUUUCAUUCUUUCUUUCUUUCUUUCUUUUUUUUUUCUUUCUUUCAUUCUUCAAUCAUUCAUUUAUUCAUUUUUCUUUUUUCUUCUUUCUUUCUUUUUUUCUUCUUUUCUUUCUUUCUUUCUUUCUUCAAUCAUUCAUUUAUUCAUUCUUUCUUUCAUUUCUUUUUUUCAAUCUUUUUUCAAUUUUCUUUUUUCUUUUUUUUCUUUCUUUUUUUUUUUUUUCUUUUCUUUCAUUCUUUAUUCAUUUCUUUUUUCUUUUUUUUCUUUCUUUCUUUUUCAAUCAUUCAUUUAAUCAUUCUUUCAUUUUCAUUUCUUUAUUUCAUUUCUUUUUUCUUUUUUUUUCUUUCUUUCUUUCUUUCUUUCUUUCUUCUUUUUUUUUUUUUUUCUUUCUUUCUUUUUCUUCAAUCAUUCAUUUAUUCAUUCUUUCUUUUUUCUUUUUUCUUUCUUUUCUUUCUUUCUUCAAUCAUUCAUUUUAUUCAUUUCAUUCUUUCAUUUUUCUUUCUUUUUCUUUUUUCUUUUUUUCUUUCUUUCUUUCUUUCUUUUUUUUCCAAUUUUCAUUUAUUCAUUUAUUUCUUUCAUUUCUUUCUUUCUUUUUUUUUCUUUUUUCUUUUUUUUCUUGCUUUCUUUUCUUUCUUCAAUCAUUUAUUUAUUUCUUUCUUCCUUUUUUUUUUUUUUUUUCUUUUUUCUUUCUUUCUUUCUUCAAUCAUUCAUUUAUUCAUUCUUUUUCUUUCUUUUUUUCUUUUUUUUUUCUUUUUCUUUCUUUUUUUCUUUCUUUUUUCUUUCACUUUUUCUUUCUUUUCUUUUUUUUCUUCAAUCAUUCAUUUAUUCAUUCUUUCUUUCUUUUUUUUUUUUCUUUUUUUUUUUUUCUUCAAUCAUUUCAUUUAUUCAUUCUUUUCUUUCUUUCUUUCUUUUUUAUUUUUUUCUUGCUUUCUUUUUUUUUGCUUUCUUUCUUUCUUUCUUUCUUUCUUUUCUUUUUCUUUCUUUUCUUUCUUUCUUUCUUCAAUCAUUCAUUUAUUCAUUUUUUUCUUUUUUUUUUUUUUUUCUUUCUUUCUUUCUUUCUUUCUUUCUUCAAUCAUUAAUUUAUUCAUUCUUUCUUUCAUUUCUUUCUUUCUUUUUUCUUUCUUUCUUUCUUUCUUUCUUUCUUUCUUCCUUCCUUCUUUUUCUUUCUUUCUUUCUUUCUUUCUUCAAUCAUUCAUUUAUUCAUUCUUUCAUUUCUUUCUUUCUUUAUUUCAUUUCUUGCUUUCUUUCUUUUUUCUUGCUUUCUUUCUUUCUUUCUUCUUUUUCUUUCUUUCUUUCUUUCUUUCUUUCUUCAAUCAUUCAUUUAUUCAUUCUUUCUUUCUUUUUUCUUUCUUUCUUUCUUUCUUUCUUUCUUCAAUCAUUCAUUUACUCAUUCUUUCUUUCAUUUCUGGCUUUCUUUCUUUUUUUUGCUUUCUUUCUUUCUUUCUUUCUUUCUUCCCACUUUUUCUUUCUUUCUUUCUUUCUUUCUUUCUUCAAUCAUUCAUUUAUUCACUCUUUCUUUCUUUUUUCUUUCUUUCUUUCUUUCUUUCUUCAAUCAUUCAUUUAUUCAUUCUUUCUUUCAUUUCUUUCUUUCUUUAUUUAUUUCAUUUCUUGCUUUCUUUCUUUUUUCUUUCUUUCUUUAUUUCUUCCUUCUUUUUCUUUCUUUCUUUCUUUCUUUCUUCAAUCACUUAUUCAUUCAUUCUUUCUUAUUUCUUUCUUUCUUUCUUUCUUUCUUUCUUCAAUCAUUCAUUUAUUCAUUCUUUCUUUCAUUUCUUUCUUUCUUUAUUUCAUUUCUUGCUUUCUUUCUUUUUUCUUUCUUUCUUUCUUUCUUUAUUUCUUCCUUCUUUUUCUUUCUUUCUUUCUUUCUUUCUUUCUUCAAUCAUUCAUUUAUUCAUUCUUUCUUUUUUCUUUCUUUCUUUCUUUCUUUCUUUCUUCAAUCAUUCAUUUAUUCAUUCUUUCUUUCAUUUCUUUCUUUCUUUAUUUAUUUCAUUUCUUGCUUUCUUUCUUUUUUCUUUCUUUCUUUCUUUCUUUUUUCCUUCUUUUUCUUUCUUUCUUUCUUUCUUUCUUCAAUCAUUCAUUUAUUCAUUCUUUCUUUCUUUCUUUCUUUCUUCAAUCAUUCAUUUAUUCAUUCUUUCUUUCAUUUCUUUCUUUCUUUAUUUAUUUCAUUUCUUGCUUUCUUUCUUUUCCUUUUUUCUUUCUUUCUUUCUUUCUUUCUUUCUUCCUUCUUUUUCUUUCUUUCUUUCUUUCUUCAAUCAUUCAUUUAUUCAUUCUUUCUUUCAUUUCUUUCUUUCUUUCUAUAUUUCAUUUAUUGCUUUCUUUCUUUCUUUCUUUCUUUCUUUCUUUCUUAAAUCAUUCAUUUAUUCAUUCUUUCUUUCAUUUCUUUCUUUCUUUCUUUAUUUCAUUUCUUGCUUUCUUUCUUUUUUCUUGCUUUCUUUCUUUCUUUCUUUCUUCCUUCUUUUUCUUUCUUUCUUUCUUUCUUCAAUCAUUCAUUUAUUCAUUCUUUCUUUCUUUUUUCUUUCUUUCUUUCUUUCUUCAAUCAUUCAUUUAUUCAUUCUUUUUUUCAUUUCUUUCUUUCUUUCUUUAUAUCAUUACAUUUCUUGCUUUCUUUCUUUUUUCUUUUUUCUUUCUUUCUUUCUUUCUUUCUUUCUUUCUUUCUUCAGUCAUUCAUUUAUUCAUUCUUUCUUUCAUUUCUUUCUUUAUUUCAUUUCUUGCUUUCUUUCUUUUUUCUUGCUUUCUUUCUUUCUUUCUUCCUUCUUUUUCUUUCUUUCUUUCUUUCUUUCUUUCUUUCUUUCUUCAAUCAUUCAUUUAUUCAUUCUUUCUGUCAUUUCUUUAUUUAUUUAUUUCAUUUCUUGCUUUCUUUCUUUUUUCUUGCUUUCUUUCUUUCUUUCUUUCUUUCUUUCUUUCUUUCUUUCUUCCUUCCUUCUUUUUCAUUCUUUCUUUCUUUCUUUCUUCAAUCAUUCAUUUAUUCAUUCUUUCUUUCUUUUUUCUUUCUUUCUUUCUUCAAUCAUUCAUUUACUCAUUCUUUCUUUCUUUUUUCGUUCUUUCUUUCUUUCUUUCUUUCUUUCUUUCUUCAAUCAUUCAUUUAUUCAUUCUUUCUUUCAUUUCUUUCUUUCUUUAUUUAUUUCAUUUCUUGCUUUCUUUCUUUUUUCUUUCUUUCUUUCUUUCUUUAUUUCUUCCUUCUUUUUAUUUCUUUCUUUCUUUCUUUCUUCAAUCAUUCAUUUAUUCAUUCUUUCUUUUUUCUUUCUUUCUUUCUUUCUUUCUUUCUUUCUUUCUUUCUUUCUUUCUUCAAUUAUUCAUUUAUUCAUUCUUUCUUUCAUUUCUUUCUUUAUUUCAUUUCUUGCUUUCUUUCUUUUUUCUUGCUUUCUUUCUUUCUUUCUUUCUUUCUCCCUUCUUUUUCUUUCUCUCUUUCUUUCUUUCUUCAAUCAUUCAUUUAUUCAUUCUUUCUUUCUUUUUUCUUUCUUUCUUUCUUUCUUUCUUUCUUUCUUUCUUUCUUUCUUUCUUUCUUUCUUCAAUCAUUCAUUUAUUCAUUCUUUCUUUCUUUUUUCUUUCUUUCUUUCUCUCUUCCUUUCUUUCUUUCUUUCUUUCUUCAAUCAUUCAUUUAUUCAUUAUUUUCUUCCUUCUUUUUCUUUCUUUCUUUCUUUCUUUUUUCUUCUUUCUUUUUCUUUCUUUCUUUCUUUCUUCAAUCAUUCAUUUAUUCAUUCUUUCUUUCUUUCUUUCAUUUCUUUCAUUUCUUUCUUUCUUUCUUUCUUCAAUCAUUCAUUUAUUCAUUCUUUCUUUCAUUUCUUUCUUUCUUUAUUUCAUUUCUUGCUUUGUUUCUUUCUUCCUUCUUUUUCUUUCUUUCUUUCUUUCUUCAAUCAUUCAUUUAUUCAUUCUUUCUUUCUUUUUUCUUUCUUUCUUUCUUUCUUUUUUUCUUCAAUCAUUCAUUUAUUCAUUCUUUCUUUCAUUUCUUUCUUUCUUUCUUUAUUUCAUUUCUUGCUUUUUUUCUUUUUUCUUUCUUUCUUUCUUUCUUCCUUCUUUUUCUUUCUUUCUUUCUUUCUUCAAUCAUUCAUUUAUUCAUUCUUUCUUUCAUUUCUUUCUUUCUUUCUUUAUUUCAUUUCUUGCUUUCUUUCUUUUUUCUUUCUUUCUUUCUUCCUUCUUUUUCUUUCUUUCUUUCUUUCUUUCUUCAAUCAUUCAUUUAUUCAUUCUUUCUUUCUUUUUUCUUUAUUUCUUUCUUACUUUCAUUUCUUGCUUUCUUUCUUUUUUCUUUCUUUCUUUUUUCUUUCUUUCUUUCUUUCUUUCUUCCUUCUUUUUCUUUCUUUCUUUCUUCCUUCUUUUUCUUUCUUUCUUUCUUUCUUCAAUCAUUCAUUUAUUCAUUCUUUCUUUCUUUUUUCUUUCUUUCUUUCUUUCUUUCAUUUCUUGCUUUCUUUCUUUUUUCUUUCUUUCUUUCUUUCUUUCUUCCUUCUUUUUCUUUCUUUCUUUCUUUCUUUCUUUCUUCAAUCAUUCAUUUAUUCAUUCUUUCUUUCUUUUUUCUUUUCUUUUUUCUUUUUUCUUUUUUUUUUUCUUUCUUUUUUUUUUCUUUCUUUUCUUUUCUUUUCUUUCUUUCUUUCUUUCUUUCUUCCUUUUUCUUUUCUUUCUUUCUUUUUUCUUCAAUCAUUCAUUUAUUCAUUUUUCUUUCUUUCUUUCAUUUCUUUCAUUUCUUUCUUUCUUUCUUUCUUUCUUUCUUCAAUCAUUCAUUUAUUCAUUCUUUCUUUCUUUCUUUCAUUUCUUUCAUUUCUUUCUUUCUUUCUUUCUUUCUCUCUUUCUUUCUUCAAUCAUUCAUUUAUUCAUUCUUUCUUUCAUUUCUUUCUUUCUUUCUUUAUUUCAUUUCUUGCUUUCUUUCUUUUUUCUUUCUUUCUUUCAUUUCUUUCUUUCUUUCUUUCUUAG